AUGGCCAGAAAUUGUAUAUGUUGCGGCGAGUCCUACAAGAAAUUCCCAAACGAGCGUAGUCGACGCGAGUUCCAGGAAUUAAGUGGAAUCUGCGCUUGUUGCUGGGAAAUAACCAUGCUCGAGCCUGAUGCUGACGAAGAAAAAAUCGAACAUGCAAAGAAAGUGCUACUCUUUUACAACCGCAAGUUUAUUAUGAGCAGCGAGCUACCUCACUCUUGGCAAUGUCUUAAAUGUGAACAAAACGUCCAGGGCGAACAAAUCCAGAGUCCGCACAAAUGCGAAGUUAAGAGGAUAUGCAAGUUAUGCACGAAGUCGCCCGAGUCCGGUGGUGGGAUAUGUCAAAAAUGUAAAUCGAUUUUUUAUUGUAGUAAAAUUUGUCAGAAGGAUGACUGGCCAAGACACAAAAAAGAGGACUGUGUAAAUUAG